AAAAAAAGUGAAAAGGGGGUCCGGCGGCAGUUCUCGCGAGACCUGUGGACCUAUAAAUGCAGGGAGGCGGGGAGGAGGCGGGCCCUUUUUCUCGCAGUGCGCGCUGGUGCUGCUGCGUUUGUCCAUCCGUCCGCCCGCCCCACAGGUGCCCUCCGUCCUGUUCCGCCCCGUCCGCGCGGCUCCUGCGACUGACGUGACCUGAGGGGGGAGAAAAGGUGAUACCGACGACGACCGCGUUAGGUGGUGAGGGCGGCCAGCAGACAAGAUGGAGGACAGCAGCAUGGACAUGGACAACAUGGGCUCCCUCAGGCCGCAGACCUUCCUCUUCGGUAAAAGGGACUAGGCCGCCCGCGUGAGGGAAAGACGAGGCGGGGGGGGUAAUCCCCCCUACCCCUUUGGCGCAUGCGCACGUUCCCUUUCCCACGCGGCUUCUCCCCCCCGCCCUCGCCCCGCGUUUCGAACGUGCCUCGCGCGCUCCGCGUUCCCCCCUCGCCCGCUUUUCAUGGAGGGCGGGGCCGGGUCCAAGCGCCUGGAAGGAAGGAAGGAAGGUGGAGGGGGGGCUUCCCCACGUGGCUGGCGCUUCGGGGGGGGGAAUUAGGGGGCCCUCAGCCGCCCCCCGCCCUGCUGUGUGUUUGGAAAUGCGGCGGCUGCUUCCUUUGUCCUCCUUUCCCACCCCCUCCAACCUCCUCCCCGCUUAAAUGGACGCCGUCUCCGCCGCUUUGGCACCGGGCCCACCAGUUCCUGGCGACGCUCCCCUCCCCCUUCCUCUCACGUGGCUGGAGGAGGAGGAGGGGGGGAGUUGGGUGAGGGGCCUUUUGGCUCCAUGUCUCCCCCAUGCGCUUCGCCACGUGGCCGCGCUGGAAGUUUGGGGGGGGGGUCAGGUUCAAGAAGCAAAUGCGACUUACACGGCUUCAAAAAUAAAGCGGACCACACAAAUAGGGCAGGGAAAGAAAACACUACGAUUGUUAAUUAAUUUUUCUGGCCCCGAGACGCUUCCCCGUGGAAAUAACGCUUUACUCUCUGCGGCCGGUGCUUUUUCGAGUUGACACAGGUCAUUUCAUGUCAGACCUAUAGGCCUGCUGUGGGGGGGGGGGGGAGAAAAAGCGCAGAGAGCUGCUGCAGAGGCUGGUAUUGCAGUGUGGUACCAGCGGGGAGGGGAGAAAGAAUGGCCUCGGAUGGCCAUGUGCUUCAGUAGGCGGAGCGUGAUAGCACCUUGCAAGAUGAGGAGGAACCAUGUAAUCGCAAGAUGGCAACUGUUCUUUGUAACCUGCAGGCAUAUAAGUAGAAUCGUGCGCCGUGAAAAACUAAUUGGUGCUCUAGAACGGCAUGGCGUUUGUGUGCUUUUAACAAGAGGUGUAAGUGGAAGAUCAGUGCUUAUAAAGCUUUCCCCUGUAUGUUUAAAUGGUACUCAGGAUUUUUUUCUCUAUUGGAUCUGAUCCCAACUUGUGACUGAUUGGAUCUGAUCCCAACUUGUGACAGCUAUGAACACUGUAAACUUCCAAGGGUUUUUUGUUUUUUGUAGAUGUAGAAGUGAAGCAGAUCUGUUCGGAUUUGCAUGUGGGUUAAACAAGGACACACAGACUGCAGUCUUUUUUGGGAGUAAGGCCCGUUCAGUGGGCGUUUUUUUUUUUAGUAGAAGUGUAAAAGAUUGCAUAUUACAUUUUCUCUGUUAGGUCUGUAAAGGGAGCUAAAUAUUCAAACUAUUUAAUAGCAAACACAUUGCUGCUUUUGCAGGUUGUGAACUAAAGGCAGACAAGGAGUAUCAUUUCAAGGUGAAUGAUGAAGAAAAUGAUCAUCAGCUCUCUUUAAGAACGGUAAGUGCUGAUUCUUGGAAAAUACUGAAGAACUACUGGAACAAGUGCUGCAAAAUAAUUGCAGGCUGUACUGAUGCAAAACAUUGUGGCAAUUGCACCUGAAAAGUUCACUGAUGUGGCCAGAAUGGGUAUUUGAUGCAGCUAUCUAUAUAUUGGCUUGAUAUGUAUUGGUACCACUAUGCUGUGGUCACACUUUCUGUGGCUUCACCUGAGGCUACCAUGGAAGACCUGUUAAAAUACCACUGCAUGAAAUAUAGAAGGUGGCUUAAAUUAUCAUUCCUCUUCCAAAGACUGGCUUUCCUGAGGACCCCACCACCAUUCACUUAAUAUGACAAUUGUCAAAACUGGGGUGUUCUUGAGCAUCUUGAUUAAAUUUGAAGUAACGAGUACACCUUUACGUUAUGGCACCAACUGAGAAUAAAGUAAGCUGGUCUGGUAUACCAUUCUUUGUGUUGGGUAGCUGUAGCACUAAGGCUGUAAGCCUCAGCUGUUUUCCUUGUCAAACACUGUACCUUGUUCUACAGGUUAGCUUAGGGGCUGGUGCUAAAGAUGAGUUGCAUGUUGUUGAAGCAGAAGCAUUGGACUACGAAGGCAAGCAGAUUACUGUCACUCUGGCAUCCUUGAAGAUGUCAGUGCAGCCUACGGUAAGUUUUUCGCUUAUCUAUUAAAAUUGGUGGGAUGAAAUCUAAAUACAGUGGUACCUCAGUUUACAUACGCUUCAGGUUACAUAACACUUCAGGUUACAGACUCCGCUAACCCAGAAAUAGUGCUUCAAGUUAAGAACUUUGCUUCAGGAUGAGAACAGAAAUCGUUCUCCGGCGGUGUGGCAGCAGCAGGAGGCCCCAUUAGCUAAAGUGGUGCUUCAGGUUAAGAAUAGUUUCAGUUUAAGAACGGAUCUCCAGAACGAAUUAAGUACUUAACCCGAGGUACCACUGUACUAUAUAACGAUAGUCCCUUACACAUUUUUUCUAGUUGUAUUCUCACAGGAUUUUGAUUGUACAGCAGCUACGUAGUUGAAAACUAAAGUGGACACUUAAGAGCUCUUCAUGCCUGUGCUGAAGGAAGGUUGAACAUGUGACCUUGGCUCUUACCUGUGGUUUAGUGUUGCAUCUUAAUUUGGUCAGCAAGUUUACUGGGUUACAUGACUUAGCUUUCGUCUUUUUAUUUUGUGUAGCGAUGUCGGCUUAUUGGACAUUUUUAUGGUAAUCUAAAUUUAUUUCAGUGUUUGACAUCUAGGAAGCAAAAACAAGAGAAAGACACUGUUAAAAACAGUCCCCCCCCCCAAUAGAAUUUAUUUGUUUAGGGAAUAAUUAAUUAAAGCACCGUUAAUGUUGUGUAAAUGUUGGAUGACAUUCAGUAUCACAUGAGCAGACAUCUCCUUCCUCUUCUUUCCAUGGUAAGUGGGUCUCCCAACCCUUUAGAAUGGAUUUGGGGGUGGGGAAACCUCUGUCAACUCUGAUCUGCAGUUAUGGUUGGAUUUUAUCCAUUACGUUUAAACAAAUGUGAAGCUUUACUCAACAUACUAAUGUGAGUAUGCCUAAAGGACUAUUAGAAUUUUGAAAUACCUGCCCAACCUUGCAGGUAACGUGUUCAUUUGUUAAAACUACUAAUUUUAUGAAACAAUGCAUUUCUGGAAGUGAAAAAUUUUCUAUUAUGGAAAAGCUUCAUCCUACAUUACUGAUUCUUUAAGUUACUUUGGGCUCUUUUAAAAAGCAGCCUAAGAGAUCUGAAGGCAGCCCUGUAUUGGGAAAUUUCAAAUGUCUGAUAUUUUACAGUUUUUUAUAUAUGCUGUAAGCCGCUCAGAGUGGCUGGGGAAAUCCAGCCAGAUGGGCAGGUUUUGAAUAAUAGUAGUAAUAAAUGCUCAAAGUGAAGUCAUUUUAAUUACGUAGAAUUAGAAACAGUACAUUUUUUUGUACCAUGAAACUUUUUAUUCCACUGUAACUGGCAGAAGCUACAUUAUAAACAUUGUGCUUUGUAGUUGCAAGUAGAAUUAUUUAAUGUUCUGAUCUGUUUGCAUGGGGAAUAGACAAAGGCUUAGCAGAUACAGCUAGCCUUGGUAGCCAAGCAUUUGUUUCUUGGCGCCAGCUGUGAAGUAGUCUUACCAUUGCAGCUUUUUUAAAAAGUGCUAUCAUACAGUAGAUAGAUUCUUAUUUCUGCUGAGAUUCACAUUGUUUUAUCUGCAUUAAGUGGCUUAUGUUUUUAAAAUGACUUUGUAAUUGGAAUGUAUUGUACAGGAAUAGGGAUCCUUUUCCAGCCUAAUGGUAUUUAUUUUACUUAAAGCAUUUAUAUACACCCUUUAGCCAAAAAGACACUCAGAGUGCCUUUCAUUAGUACUGUACUAAGAUGAUCCCUGACCCCAGGCUCAGUCUGUAAUGACAUGACGACACAGUUGGAAAAAGGAACAGAAGAAGGCAAGAGGGAAGGCAAGGAGGCACAGGUUUUUUGUUACAGUUCUUACAGUGCAGUUACAUAGGUCAGUUCAUGCAGAUUCUGGCUGCGUAGAGCAGCAGUAAGUCCUCACCGAUGUCAGUGGCAGUUGUGACUGUCUUGCUCUUAAGGGCAGCUCUCUCCAGAAGCACACUUCUCCCCAGAUCAGAUCUGUGAGCGGAGCUAGUGACAAGCGUCCGGCACAGGAGGACACGGCAGCUCCUGCCAUACGCUUCUUUUCUCAAACUGAUGUAUUGAUGGCUGUUAGAAUCCUCACAGGCAACCUUUUCCAUAUUAAUUAAUUAAAUUUGUGUGCCAGAGAUCUCAGGGUGGUUUAUAGGCGUGUGGACUGCAUGUCAGUUGCAGGUGGGCCCAGAGGCAAAAGGGAGCAGAGCAAAAGAUGUGGCUCCUCUCUCUACACAGCAGGCUGAACUGAAUUCAUGCAAGUGUCUGAGAUUUCUACCCCGCUCUUUGCCCGGGCAAGCAAGAACUUUAUUACAGUUCAAGGACACAUUGCAGCCUGGCGCUUGAGGGUGCAGAGCAAGGCCUUUCAGAGGAGUGGCUUUGGGAAGAGUGGGUGUUAUUUGGGGAGAGCACCAUAAGCUAGCUAAGAGAGGCUUUAUGGGACACAUCUGGCCUCCUGGCCUGAGGUUUUCCAUGUCUAUCAUGUUUUUAUGGUCUGUAAGCUGCCUUAAGUGGGCUUUGCCCCCCCCCCCCGAGCUAUUACCUUUGUAAAUAAAAACAGAUAUGCAUUUCUAAAAACAGAUAAAAUCGACAAAGUUACAUACCGUAUUUUUCGCUCUAUAAGACGCACCAGACCACAAGACGCACCUAGUUUUUGGAGGAGGAAAACAAGAAAAAAAAUAUUCUGAAUCUCAGAAGCCAGAACAGCAAGAGGGAUCGCUGCACAGUGAAAUCAGCAAUCCCUCUUGCUGUUCUGGCUUCUGUGAUAGCUGCGCAGCCUGCAUUUGCUCCAUAAGACGCACACACAUUUCCCCUUACUUUUUAGGAGGGAAAAAGUGAGUCUUAUAGAGCAAAAAAUACAGUAAUUCAGGCUUUCAUUAGGUUGAUAAACACAUGAAAUGCCUUUACUGUGAUUCGUUAUACAACCUUUGGCAUUAUUUUUCUCUCAAUUUGUUAAAUAAUAUUCCCUCAUUUAGGUUUUUGUACAUUAGUUGUUUUGGCAGAAACCUUGUGAAUAACGGGUUUUGGCUAGUCAGAUGUCUGUUGCAAUUUUCUGUCUUACUCAGUUUUGAAUCACCCAUUUUUCAAGAAGUCCUGUAACACUUCAAAGGCUAAAGUAGCUUGGCUGAAACUGCUCCAUUAAAUGCAUAGGUUCAACUAAGAAAGGGCUUUCAGCCAGCUGAAAAAUGUUUAGCUUUUAUAAAGUUCUAUCAUUUUAAAUACUAGUUUGGACUCUACCAAAUAAAAUGGGAAAGAGGUUCUGCUUUUACUUCAUGCAGAACCCUAGACCACUUUUGCCUGUUUGAGUAGAGAUGUAUGAUAAUCCAAUGCCUUUUCUAGACCUGUUGGGAAUUGUGAGUUAUGUAGCUUUGGCAAUACUGUCUAUAUGAUGCAAAUAUUUCAACUAUGCUUUGUACGUUUUCCCCCUUCAGGUUUCAUUAGGUGGCUUUGAAAUCACACCACCAGUUAUUCUGAGGUUGAAGAGUGGCUCAGGACCAGUUUAUGUCAGUGGUCAACAUCUCGUAGGUAAGAAAGUGACCUCUCUUCUCUGUUUCACUUAAUUUCUGUCUGAACACAUAAAUUUGGUAAAGUGAAUGCAUCUCUUAUGGCCUGCCAUAAUGUUGAAAAGUUGUGUGUAGCCUUACUUGACUUGUUCCAUAUUUUCAGCUUUAGAAGAAGAACCAGAAUCUUCUGAAGAUGAAGAUGAUGAUGAUAAGGUACUACACAACACAGCAAAAAGGCCUGCAGGUGUGACAUUGGGUAAAGUUCCACAGGUAAGCUGAUGGGGGGGGGGAGAAAUGGCUGCUUUGGAAUUGAUAGUGUCUAUAGGAAUGGGUUUCCUCACACAAGCACCUGUGUUCUAGCUUGUAUGGUUGGCAAGAGAAGUUUUGCAUAGGUCCUCUGUGAAUCUAGACUUAGGAGUAAAAUAAAACCAAAUUUUGUCUAUAAAUUAGAGGAAGCCUUAUCAUGUGGUGUGUGUAAAAAAGACCAAAAGACUUUAUUUUAAAUUGGUUGCCACCCUUUUUGGAUCGGUGGGUACAUUUCAAUUUUAAAGGGAGUGCUGUUGUGCCCUAGGAAGGAAGAAUAUAGAACUGAAAGAGGAAGUAAGGCAUAUCGUCACUUCCAGCUUCCUUUUUCAGCUCUACUUUUCAAGGAAGAAAAAGGUAAUCAUCCUCACAAUUCCAUAACUAAAGGGAUAGUCAGUGGAGGAAACUUAGAGGCCUUCUAGGUGCCAGCGAAGACUUCAGUGGUGAAUCCUACAUUAGCAGGUCUAAACUUAGAAUCAAAACAUUGGGCAUAUUUGUAAUCCCUUCCAUACGUUCUUUCUUUAAAAGAAAAAAGUAAAGCUGACAGAGGAUGACGACGAUGAUGAAGACGACGAAGAUGAUGAUGAUGAGUAAGUUACCUUUUGGAAUAUGUUCAGUGUUUUUAACAAUUUGCCAAUAAAUGUCAGCUUCGCACCCAGAAAAAUUGUCUUUUUCAAAAGUAGUUAUUUAGAUUGAUCGGUUUGUUUUAUUUAUGAAUAUUUGUGAGGAUACAUGUGCCUUGUUAAAAUGUUGCCAUUAAUAGCAAAAUUUCAGUUUUUGCUAGUGAAAAGACAAGCAGCAUUUUUUUUUUUUACUUUAUUUAGUUGGAUUUCCUACCCUGCUUUAAAUUCAGAAAGGAUCUCCAGAGCACCUUAAAAAGAACAGAAUUAAAUUAGGAAUGCUUAUACAUGCUCUGAAAUUGGCAUUGCUCUGAGUUAGUGUGUCGCCCCCCAACCCAGUUCACAUUAAGUUGUAGUUUCCACUUCUGUUUAUCUCUUACUGGUAUAAUACAAGUUGGAUGUGGGCCUUCAAAGAUUCUUAAAUCUUUUGGGUGUUGAUACUAAUUGGAAUUUUUAAUUGUAGUGACGAUGACGACAUGGAUGAUGAUGAGGAGGAAGAGAAGACUCCAGCAAAAAAAGUGAGUAAUUAUGUACAAUUCAGAAAUGACUUCACAAUGUAUAACUUUGUACUUACAGAAGGGAUUAUUAACAUUUCUAUAGGUUGUUUGUUUAUGCUAUUGGAAUGAUGUGGUUGAAUAUAAAGGUGAGCAUGUCAAGUGUAAGUAUUGUAUCCCAACCCUCAUAGCAAAGAAAACAUUUUCCAGUAUCUUGUCUCACAAUUUGGUGACAACAGUUGCUGAAAAAGAACUGAGCUAUUUUUGACAGAAUGAUUUCUAUCCCACUGAAAUGAUCAAGGUGAUUUAAAAACAUUAAAACAAUUAUUUUGUGAGUUCCUGUCUGCCAUGUUGGUGCAAAUAGUGCGAAAAUUGCUAUUUGCUACUGAUUACAUGUCAAAACCUCCUUAUACCCUAUCACCAAUUCAGAAGGGGGUUUCUUUUUAGUUGACUUGGUUUGUGUUGAUGCUACCUUUGUUGAGCUCAUGCUCUAGUAAUCUAGUUGUAAAAUUCACAUAUUUCGAAUGCACAGAAGAAUGCUUUCAAUCAAGCACGGGUUUAAAUCAGUCUCUGAGAGUUAAUAAUUACUAGCUGGUUCAUAUGCAAACAUUGCCUGCCCCUGUCUUAAGACUGGUACUGUCCAAUACCCUUGUACGGUCUCAAAAUUCUGGUUCUGAAACAUUUUUUUAGUCCUCUGUGAUUCAGCUCUGUGUCUUGGUGCUUCAAAGCAACAACAGUUGCAUUCCCAAAUUAAAAAGCAAACAUGUCUGAUAAGCGCUGUUGGCUUGUCAGUGUUUGAAGGGAUUGGGCUCUGAACUGGCCUAAUCUUGAAAGGAAGCUUCUGAGUGAGGAAACUGAGGCUCCCUCCCUCUAUUGCACAGUCCAGGAUCAAGUGCUAUUUGGCUCUUCCUCUCCUAGAACUGUCAAUGUGGUAUCCAUAGUUCCUGAAUCUUUUUUCUUCUUCUUCUUCCCAUCACCUUUUGUUUUCAUUAAUCAGCAAACGGUUGUUUAAGCACAUUGGCAGGAGUAAGUUGCGGCACUCCAUUGACUCCUUUUCAAGGCCUGGGCUAGACUGGGAAGUUGACCAGCCUUGACUCAGUGAAUCUGUGCUUAUACCUUUUGAGUUGAGAGCUUUGGGAUUAGGAGAGAGAGUGAAUGUCUCCCCUGUCAUAGCACUUCCUGUUCUGUUCCCUUGGCCUGGGCUGUAAGUAAAAUCUACUUGUCUAAGUGGGGACAGAAGAUUCCCUUCCAGAGGGAAAUGUAGCUUUUGUUUUGGAUAGAUAGGUGGAAAUAGGAAGGUGCUUUUAAAAUAAAUGAUUUUUAAGUAAAAGUAAAAUUUUAGUAUGGAACAACUGCAGUAAAUUGACUUAGAUUAUGUAAAGCUAUCAGCCGGGAUAGUAUUUUCUUUUCACAUUCAAGUAAUAAGAUCUUAUUCUUUGGAGAAGUAAAAUGAUAAAAAUCCCCUACUUUUAUGUUACUUUACAGACAUGGGGCACUAGGUGGCACUGUGGCUUAAAGAUUCAGUUGGAUUAGAGAUUUUUCAGUUGUAGCUUUCACUUUCCAUUAACAAUUCCUUUAUCUGAGUUCAUUACAUGUCUGUAUAACUGUAUAACAUGUCUGUGAACAAGAGUUGGGGAUUUUGUUAAUAUUUUUAAAAGAUAGGAUUUGUGAUUUUGUGUGUUAUGAGAUUUAGAACCAUUAAGGCUAUGAAAAUCAAUUUAACUUGCAUUACUAGGAAUCUUAAUUUAAAAUUGUGAAUCAAGGUAAAAAUGAAUUAUGGGUACUAAGUUUUAAUCAAGUAUAACAUUAUUGGUUAAAUACAAGUUAGUAGAGUCUAAGAUUGUAGUUACUUUGUUUGUACCAGUUGCCAAUUUUUACUUGUGUUUGUAGUGUGUUACUAAUUAAGUUUGUAAUGCAUUCAUGUUUCUUUCAGAAAAAAUAAGAUGAUCUCCAACUAAGUUGUGUUUAGUAGGCCCACUGAAAUGAAUGGACUUAAGUAAUAAGUCAGUUGAUUUAAAAAGGUCUGUAGCACUGCAAGGUGUAAUGUCAACCAAAAGCUUUACUUUUCUAGGUUAUUACCACAACAGUUAUUAUUAACACGGGGCUUCAGUAAAGCAAAUAAUUUAAUUAGACAGUGCCUAUAUGAUAUCGAGCUACAGAAUAAUCUGGUCAUGAGGAAUUUUUGUCCAUGGUAUGAUUAUUUUCCAUCUAGUCAUUUUGACACCCUAUUUGCAAAUGUGGUAUUUGGCUAGUAGAGAAUGGAAUCUUUUGGCAGAUUCACAUAAAGUGGAGCGCUGAUAGAUUCUUACAUUUAUUCCUAUUUUAGCCUGCCCGAGAUUCUUCUGCAAAGAACACACCAAAAUCAAACCAGAAUGGGAAAGAUUCCAAGCUGGGAACACCCAAGUCAAAAGUAGGUAUAAAUUCCUUAAUACACCGGUAUUCAUCAUUUGCCUGCAAAUUUGUAAAAUAAUUGGGAAUUAUUUGAACAUCUGUUCACUACAAACUUAUGGAAGUUAGCUGUGGAAUUUCAAUACCUGAUUUAAAAAAGCUCUCACAUGUAACAGGAGACAAAAACUAGAAUUCACAUUAAUGUAGUUGAUGAAAUGACCAUGUUUUUAGAAGGACUGUAUAUCUGGACUUCUUGUACAAGCUAGACAGUUGUGGUUGUACACCUUGACACCUUUUACCCCUGUCUAGCGGAUGCAACAUUAUAUUGGCACAAGGGCAUUUGCUACUUGGUUGUACACACCGUUUGCCUUACGCAGCAGAAAAUAAAUUGGUGUUAAUAAUCUGAAUCUGAAACCAAAGCAUAUAGUAUAAACACAAGGCAUUGGGCACAAUGACCAGAUAGUAAAUACUAUGUUGUCAUAUUGUUGAGAAAUGUAAUUAAGUUGCUCUGUUUUAGACUCCGGAGUCUCAUAAAGAGAAGAAACCACAGAGUCCAAAAACACCAAAAACCUUCACCGUAGAUGAGAUGAAAGCAAAAAUGCAGGCAAGCGUACAAAAGGUAAGUUUACUGGCUACCUGGCUAGUAGAGAUUGCCUUACUGAAAAUUUUAAUUGCUGCUGAGCUCAUAGUGGCAAGGAAGAUGUAAAUCCUUUGUUCAGGUACUGAAUGUAAAAUUUUUGAUAUGCUUGAAUUUUAAUAUAAGUGGUGCAGAAGCCCUUUAUAUGGACUGCUUGGUGAAUGUACCAAAAUCUAAUAGAUAUAAAAUUGCAGGAAACUUGACGGUCUGUUUUAUAAGAAAAAAAAUGAGUUCUUGGGGGAAAUAGCAAUAUGAAAUACUUUUCAAAACUAACCUUCUGUUCUAAGAACAUAGAUGUUUAAUUAGUCAACACGCACACAGUUAUACCAUUGAGUAUAUUUAUUAAAAUGUUUAAAGGGUGAGACCCAACAUAAUAUAUGAGGGAAACUGCUUGUUUCUCCUUCCCAUUGUAUGCCUUCAAAAUCUGAUCCAGUGGGUUUGGGUUUCUGUCAAGCACAUGGGGGGAACUUCGGGGGGAAGGGAGGCAAGUAAAACGCAAAAUACCAUUGUACAAGUGGAUUUCUGUUGUACAAGCAGGCAGACUUCAUUGGAUAUUGCCCUGCGUGGCUUUGUUUCGGUCGUACAAUUAUUGCAAAGGUACCAAUGAUAUAGGGGACGUGGGUGGCGCUGUGGGUUAAACCAAAGAGCCUAGGACUUGCCUAUCAGAAGGUUGGCGGUUCGAGUUCCCGCGAUGGGGUGAGCUCCCGUUGAUCGGUUCCUGCUCCUGUCAACCUAGCAGUUCGAAAGCACGCCAAAGUGCAAGUAGAUAAAUAGGUAUUGCUCCGGGGGAAGGUAAACGGCGUUUCCGUGCACUGCUCUGGUUUGCCAGAAGCUGCUUAGUCAUGCUGGCCACGUGUACGCCGGCUCCCUCGGCCAAUAGAGCGAGAUGAGUGCCGCAACCCCAGAGUUGGCCAUGACUCUACCUAAUGGUCAGGGGUCCCUUUAUCUUUACCAGUGAUAUAAACAGACUACAGAGUGCUGCACACAAAGUGUAUCUGUUUACCAGUUGGAUAAAUUGAUGUGUGCUGGCGAGGAGGUGGUGAAGUUGAAUACUGAAACUGUCAGCAUUGCAAAUAAAUGAAGGAAGGUUUUAUUAUCUGGACUUAAAUAUCACAAAGACCUCAGCAUUAAGCGGAAAUAAACAUGCCUUGCAGAAAAAGCUCAAAAAAAUAGUUUCUAUAAUGCAUUUUAGUGGUAAAUAACUACGCUAAUCUGUUGCAUGUUAUCAUUAUACUCAAGCUAUAUACAGUCCUGCCCGGUUGAAUACUGGGAACUGCUUGAGUAAAUAUGUACAGGCUGAAAAUACCAUAGUUGCUGUAGGUGCAAGAUUAACAGUCCUGAACUUGCAUGUUGCAGUCAUGUCAGUAAAUACAAACUUAAUUUUGCAACUUGGGUUUGUUUGUGAGAAAUCCACAUAUUCUGAUUCCGAACUUUUGAGUUUUGUGUUCUUCAGAAGCUUUGUUUCAUUAAGCUUCUCACUACUUCAUGUUAAUCCCCUUGAUUGUAUCUGUACUUCUACAUAUACAGUUAUUUCAUUUCAUGCAAAAAGAUGGAGGAAUCUAAGGCACGUGAAAAGCAACAGGAUUCAGGCGAGUUGCUUGUUUCAUUGUGCAGCCAAAUGCUAUAAUCACAAGCACCACUACCCCAAUUUCUGAUUUUUCCACCCCAACUGGGCAAAAAAAAAUGCUGAGGAAAAAAUUUCUCCCCUAGGCACUCAGAUCUUACAUUUCCCCUAUUCCUGCAAUCUCACUAGAACAAAUGUUGUCCAGUGAACAGGAAUUGGCAUGCUUUGUCUCUGAUAGUAGCAAAGGUCCUCCAGAAUGUUGCAUGUGAAUCAGAUUAUCUUAAAAUUUGUGUAGUAAUUUAUUUCCAUGUACCACACAGGCUAAAAGUCUUUCAGCUCCUUGUGUCAAUCUUACGUUUCACUGUUAUUUUUUUUUUUGCAAUAGGGAACUAGUUUGCCUAAGGUGGAGGCCAAGUUUGUGAAUUACAUUAAGAAUUGUUUCAGGACAGAGGACCAGAAGGUAAUGGAAUCAAUCAGGUCUUGAUAAAAUCGCUAGAAUAAAUUGUUGCCCCCUUUCCCAAUCACUUUCCACACAUUUUAGAGCUUCAGCUACAAGCAGUACUUGGACUAGAUAAAUGGAAGCUGUUUGUGGGAAAGGAAACAUUUUUCUCCAUUUUGAUGGCCGGUGUCUCUUCACUUUUAAACCCACAGGAUUCUCCAGCCCCAUUUUGACCAAGUAAAAUGGUGUUGUGGUUUUCUACUGCUGAAUUUGGCUAGCCUUCCCUUCAGUUUCCUUUUUGCAGGGAAGAACUACUGCGCUAGAACCUUUGGCAGUCUUGAUGCUUUCCUUUCCCAAAGUCAACCAAAUUACUGUGUGACAGCAUGCCAGGAGGCGGUGGUGCUGGUAUCAGGAAGCAAGCUGUAUUGGGUUAGACCUGUAAAUCUUAAAUUUCACUAUCAAAAUUCCUUAAACAAAAUUGUUAUGCUUUUCUGCUUUCCCCCCAAACACUUCAAAGCUGUCGGGAGGGAGAGGGUGGUGGAAAUUGUGGCCCGUUGAAGGGAGAAUGUUUGAAAGCAGCUAGUUCAGCUACUGAAGUGGAUUUGGACAUAAGGCAGGGCAGGCAGAGUUCAGACAGUAUUUGCCUAGCUGAGACACACCCUUCCUUUUGCUUUCCUUUACUAUGCUUUAUAGGGUGUGAGCAGUCUUAAAAGGCAAAAUAUAUUGGGUAAUUUUAAUCUUGGUGUACUGAGUGGUGUACUUGGUAAGCAUUUUUUUUAUAAAAUUAGCACAGACUUGGAUUUCAUAUACACUUGUCCUGCUAACUGUACCUAGAUGAAAGAAACUUUUAAGUGGAAAAUUCCAUGCCCAUAAAUACUUUAUGCAGAUCAUUUAUUGUUUUAAAUAGCUUUUCUGGUGCUUAAUGCAAUUUGUACUCUAAAGGAAGAUCAAGACGGAACUAACCUUUUUUAUUUUUGGUGUGUUUUAGGUUAUUCAAGCACUCUGGCAGUGGAGGCAGACUCUGUGAGCAAGAAGUUAACAAAUGACUCCUUUCAAAGUUUCAGUUCUGUGUGUAUAACCAUUAAUAUCUGGCUGUCCUUUUUAUAAAUGCUAAAGCUUUCCCUACAGAGUCUUGAUUAAUGUCGUCCAGAAUGUUUUGCCAAGAAUGUGUUGUCCAAAAUGCCUGUUCGGUUUUUAAGACCAGGACUCCACCCUUUUAAUUUCAAAUAUGUAUGGAAUGUUUUGAUAAUGCAUAGUAGUGGUGGUCAAAAAUGGAAAUGGGGAAACUUAAAUGUAAAUGUGAAAAUAAAGUUUAGUAUUUUAAGUAGC